UUUCUAAACUUUAACUAAAUAAAUAUGGCGUUUUCAUGAUGGAUUGACAUGACAAUACAAGUGACUAAUUGUUGGUUCAAAUAUAUAAAGUAUUUGAUAUAUAUUUAUACAUAUUAAAUACAUAUUAAACUAUUCGUAAUGCGCAAGUCGCAUAAUAAAUAUACAAUUUGUGUUAUUACUGUGUCCUUGCCAUAUAGAUGGACGAUUAUUUCAAUAAGUAGGACACUUUUGACAGGAAUACAUACUUGGUUAGUUAAAACCGAGAAAGAAAAAAGAAUAUUUUAUUUUUACGAUUAUUAAUAAUAUGAAAGAUUUCAAAAAGAAAGGAUGCAUAAAUUUAGAAGUUUGUGAUAAAUAUAAAAAUAAAUAAUAUAUAACCUGUAAAAAUGAGCUGGUUACGAAGUAGUCCUUUAAGAACUAGUUUCAGUAAGCAACGUUCAAGAGACUCUCCACCAAAAGACGCUGAUCCAUCAGCAUGUUAUGACAGCUUUUGUAAACAUUGGCAACAAGCAUAUGAAAUCAUAUUACGAACAUCUCCACCUAAAGGAAUAUGUAAUCAAGAUGAUGUUCUUGGAGUUGUUAAUCAUGUAGAUCAGAUGGCAACACUUUUAGUUUUAGAAUUACGUGAUUUUAACUUUUACAAUAAUUAUCGACAAUCUACAACAGCAACACACUCUCCUUGUUUAGAAUAUUUAUUAAGUGAAAACCUCCUUGUUAAACUUUAUGAUUGGAAUAAAUAUAAUGGAAGAUUUAAUAAUGCUGUUUGUUUGGAACAAUUAAAAUUAUAUGAACUUUUAGUAUCACAUAGUGGUACUCUUCUUGCCCAUGAACCAGUUGCCAGACCAUUGCUACGAUUACUUGAAGAUUGUGCAAAUGAUAUUAUACUAUUAGAAGAAAAAUUAGUAGUGUUAUUAAAUCAAUUAUGUGUUGCUUUAAUGCAAAACAUGGCAUUACUUGAUUUAUUUUUUCAUGCAACAGCAGUAGGAAAAAGCAAAUUUAUUAUUUUUACAUUACUGAUACCAUAUGUACAUCGAGAAGGUGCAGUAGGACAACAAGCACGCGAUUCUAUGUUACUUUGUAUGUCUCUUUCUAAAAAAAAUGAUGAUGUUGGUGUAUUUAUUGCUGAUCAUUCUAAUAUAUGUCCUGUAUUAGCUACAGGUUUAAGUGGGCUAUAUUCAUUGCUGCCAAGAAAAUUAGAUAUUGAAACAGAUGAUUGGUAUCAGUUGACACCAGAUGAUAUUAAUGAUUUACCAGCAUUAAUGCACUUAAUGAAUUCAUUGGAUUUUUGCAAUGCUGUCGCACAAGUUGCACAUCCUUUAGUACAAAAACAGUUAUUAGAAUUUUUAUAUCAUGGUUUUUUGUUACCCGUGAUGGGGCCAGCUUUGUUACAGGAUUCUAUUGGUUUGACCAUAAAACAACUAGAUGCACAAGAACAUCGGACAACAGUGGAUGAAUUAGUUGCAGCAACAGCAUAUUUUGAUCUAUUUCUUCGUUCUGUAACUGAACCUGGUCUUUUACGUUCAUUCGUUAGAUUUUUGCUUGAAGAUAAUUAUGAUGAAUGUAGAAUAUUGGAUAGUCUCAUUCAAAGGAUAUCUUCUAGAUCACGGUUAUGUAUAGUAACAUUGGGAUUGUUUGAAACUUUAAUCAAUUUAAACUGUGAAGACAUCAUGUUAGAAUUAUGUUUAGGUGCAUUGAACCCUUGUUCUCAUGUAAUGCUUUCUCAACGUAGAAGAUUAAGAGAUAUAGAUCCUUUUGGACGUGCAGCUGAAAAGUUUCUCUCUUUAACUCCAAGUUGCUGUUCUCCACAUAUAAAUAUAAAUUCUAUAAAUUCUCAAUUCAGUUCUUUACCUAAUAAUACAACAUAUGAAAAACAAUCAAAUGCUACAUCUGAAUCUUUGAAAUCAUUACCAGCAUCCAUAAAUUAUGGUGUCAGAUUAUCAGAUAGUCUUUAUGGGAAUUAUCAUGCAUAUUUAUGUGACGCUCGUCAAAAAAUAAGAGCUUGUCGAAUCGCUUGUUCUAAUUGGUCGUAUCAAUAUAAUGGAGAAUUACCAAAAGAUAGUAUUAAUAGUAGUGCCACUACUUUAAUAGAUGACAAUACAUUAUUAGAUCAAUUUCAAAAAAAAACAGAAAGUAGUAAAGUGUCAUUAGAGACAUUAAAAUUAUCAACACCUUCUAAUGAAAUUAAUGAAAAUUCAUCAAUAGAUAAUAUGUUAAUUAAUAUUCAAUCUUUGCUAAAUGGAAAGGAUCUAAAUACAAUAGAAAAAGAUAUAAAAGUAGAGCCUCUUAUAACAACAGGUAUAGAGUUAUCAUUAGAAGAACAAGCAAAAUUGGAUGCAGAUAUUGCUGAAUUAUUAAAUGAAGAUACUGGAAUAUCAGAAUGUGUUAAGGAGAUGUUAUUGAUAGAUAAAAAGGAACAUGAUAGUGGCAUUGAUGAUUCAAAUACAACCAUGAAUUCGCUUUUAUCAUUAGGAGAAAGUAGUGGUUAUGAAAGCUUUGCAUUCAAAGGUUCAUCGCAAUCAACUCCAGAUAAUGAAUCUAACGAAGAUCGAAUAAGCGAACACGAAGAAAUAGAAAUUGACUCAAACAAAGAACAAAGUAUAUUUCUUCAUAGCAUCAUAGAAUCAAGUUCAAUCAUACCAGAAGAAUUAACAGCAAAUAAGCAAAAUAAAGAAAAUUAUCGACAAGAUGUAUUUAAUGGGCAACCGAAUGUUGGAAUAUUUUUGGAUGUUCUUUUACGAAAACUUGAAUGUAUGACAAGUAAUAAUUUAUAUGUUAAUUUACAUUUGACUGGUCUUAUCAGCAGAUUAGCAAUAUAUCCACAACCUUUAUUGCAAUCUUUUCUUUUAAAUCAUUCUCUGGUAUUUCAACCUAGUAUUAGAUCACUUUUUCAGGUACUUGCAUCUUUAAAACAUAAAAUAGAUCAAUUUCUUUCGCAACAUAAUAAUGUGGAUAUAUUAGUUGAACAAGCGCGACUGUUUUUAAUUAAUCGCGAAGAUAAAUUAGUGAAUGCAAGGAAAAACGCGUUAGAAGCUGCUGCUCAUUCUCUACCUAUUAAAAGAAAUUCUUUAAAUGGAGAAUUUUCAAGAGUAUUCAAAAGAUGUGAAACUAAAAGAUGGAGUUUAACAUCAUCUUUUACACAAAUGCUUAGACGAUCAAGUGGUAAUUCUGGUCCAAGUAGUUUAGUUAAUACUGUCAAUCAAUCAACUGGUAUAUCAGAAAAUCAACUAGAAGUUAUUGGACAUGGUUCUGGAUACCGAUAUUAUACAAAAACAUCUUGGCAAUCCCCAAACGAAGUAAGUCCAGUACAAAAUGUGGUCUUAUGUGCAGUUGUAUUAGAUGAAUGGCUAAAAGAAUUAGCCGCUAUUACACAAGAACAUGCAAUUAUAUCUCUUACAAAUAAUAUGGAGUUUAAAGUUUAAUAUGGUUUUAAUAAGUAAUAUGUGAUAUAUUGUUAGAUUUAUAUGUAAUAAACCCUAUUAUAGUGUUAUAUACAAAAUAUUUAUGUGAAGUUAUUGAAAAGAAUACAACGAUCUUAUACAUAUGGAAUAUAGCUACAGUCAUAAAAAUAAUAUUUUUUAUUUUACAAUUAUAGACAUAUAAAAGAAUUAAUUUCGAAAAUUAAAUUUAUAUUUUUGUUGAUAUUAUUUAGACAUUAACUACUUUUAAAAUUAUCGAAAAAAAAAAUACAAAAAAAG